AUGAUGGCGGCUGCGGCGGCGGCGGGGAGCGCCAGCGGCGGUGGCAGCAGCGGCGGCGGCGGCAGCGGCAGCAGCAGCAGCGACACGUCCAGCACCGGCGAGGAGGAGCGGAUGCGGCGCCUCUUCCAGACGUGCGACGGCGACGGGGACGGAUACAUUAGCAGAAAUGACUUGUUGAUGGUCUGUCGCCAAUUGAAUAUGGAAGAGUCUGUGGCUGAGAUCAUGAACCAGUUGGGCGCCGAUGAACAUGGGAAGAUUUCCUUUCAGGAUUUUACACGGUGCCGCAUGCAGCUCGUUCGAGAAAUUAGGAAGGAGGAAGUAGGUCUUUCUGAGAAGUCAGACAACUCCUGUAAAAAGAAGAAGCUGAGGGAUAGAAUUGCCUCCUGGCCUACGAGCAGCGACAACAGUUUGGGUGCCCUAUCAGCAGCCAGGGAGAGCUGGGAGUACGACUCGGGAGCCAGGGACCUCCAGAGCCCGGACUUGCAGAGUCAGUGGGCCCUGCAGAAGCUUCUUGAGUACAGUGGACGCUCUUUGCAUCAGCAGGCUGCUGCCCUCCACAAACUGCUCACACAGUCACGGCAUUUUGGCAGCUCUGUAGGAGGAAGCUAUCUGGAGCUGGCCAACACGCUCCACUUGGCAGCCCUGGCAUCACUCAAGGGAGAUAUAGUGGAACUUAAUAAACGUCUGCAGCAAACGGAGCGGGAACGAGACCUUCUGGAAAAGAAAUUAGCCAAGGCGCAGUGUGAGCAGUCCCACCUCAUGAGAGAACAUGAGGAUGUCCAGGAGCGGACGACGCUUCGGUACGAGGAGCGCAUCACGGAACUCCAUAGCAUCAUUGCUGAGCUCAAUAAGAAGAUAGACCGUUUGCAAGGCACCACCAUCAGGGAGGAAGAUGAGUACUCAGAACUGCGAUCAGAACUCAGCCAGAGUCAGCAUGAGGUCAACGAAGACUCUCGAAGCAUGGACCAAGACCAGACCUCUGUCUCCAUCCCUGAAAACCAGUCCACUAUGGUCACUGCUGACAUGGAUAAUUGCAGUGACCUGAACUCAGAGCUGCAGAGGGUGCUGACGGGGCUGGAGAAUGUCGUCUGCUGCAGGAAGAAGAGCAGCUGUAGCCUCUCCGUGGCCGAGGUGGACAGGCACAUCGAGCAGCUCACCACGGCCAGUGAGCACUGUGACUUGGCCAUCAAGACAGUCGAAGAGAUUGAAGGGGUACUUGGCCGGGACCUGUAUCCCAACCUGGCCGAAGAGCGGUCUCGUUGGGAGAAGGAGCUGGCCGGGCUGAGGGAAGAGAAUGAGAGCCUGACCGCCAUGCUGUGCAGCAAAGAGGAGGAGCUGAACAGGACCAAGGCCACCAUGAACGCCAUCCGGGAGGAGCGGGACCGGCUCCGGAGACGGGUUCGAGAGCUUCAAACGCGACUACAGAGCGUGCAGGCCACGGGGCCCUCCAGCCCUGGCCGCCUCACUUCUGCCAACCGCCCAGUUAACCCCAGCACUGGGGAGCUGAGCACAAGCAGCAGCAGCAAUGACAUUCCCAUUGCCAAGAUUGCUGAGAGGGUGAAGCUAUCGAAGACCAGGUCCGAGUCUUCGUCAUCGGAUCGGCCAGUCCUGGGAUCAGAAAUCAGUAGCAUUGGGGUAUCCAGCAGUGUGGCGGAACACCUGGCCCACUCUCUUCAGGACUGCUCCAACAUCCAGGAGAUCUUCCAAACACUCUACUCACACGGAUCUGCCAUCUCGGAAAGCAAAAUUAGAGAGUUUGAGGUGGAAACAGAACGGUUGAAUAGCCGCAUCGAGCACCUCAAAUCCCAAAAUGACCUCCUGACCAUAACGCUGGAGGAAUGCAAAAGCAACGCCGAGAGGAUGAGCAUGCUGGUGGGAAAGUAUGAGUCCAAUGCCACGGCGCUGCGGCUGGCCCUGCAGUACAGUGAGCAGUGCAUAGAAGCCUACGAACUCCUCCUGGCACUGGCCGAGAGCGAGCAGAGCCUCAUCCUGGGGCAGUUCCGGGCGGCCGGCGUGGGCUCCUCCCCUGGAGACCAGUCAGGGGAUGAGAACAUCACUCAGAUGCUCAGGCGCGCUCACGACUGCCGGAAGACAGCUGAGAAUGCAGCCAAGGCCCUGCUCAUGAAGCUGGACGGCAGCUGCGGGGGCGCCUUUGCUGUGGCCGGCUGCAGCGUGCAGCCCUGGGAGAGCCUGUCCUCCAACAGCCACACCAGCACAACUAGCUCCACGGCCAGCAGCUGUGACACGGAGUUCACCAAAGAAGACGAGCAGAGGCUGAAGGAUUACAUCCAGCAGCUCCGGAAUGACAGGGCCGCAGUCAAGCUGACCAUGCUGGAGCUGGAGAGCAUCCACAUCGACCCCCUCAGCUACGACGUGAAGCCCCGCGGGGACAGCCAGCGGCUGGAUCUGGAAAACGCCGUGCUGAUGCAGGAGCUGAUGGCCAUGAAGGAGGAGAUGGCCGAGCUGAAGGCCCAGCUCUACCUCCUGGAGAAGGAGAAGAAGGCCCUGGAGCUGAAGCUGAGCACGCGGGAGGCCCAGGAGCAGGCCUACCUGGUGCACAUCGAGCACCUGAAGUCCGAGGUGGAGGAACAGAAGGAGCAGUGCACGCGGUCCCUGAGCUCCACCAGCAGCGGCGGCAAGGACAAGCCCGGCAAGGAAUGUGCUGAUGCCGCCUCCCCAGCUCUCUCACUGGCUGAACUAAGGACAACGUGUAGCGACAGUGAGCUGGCUGCCGAGUUCGCCAAUGCCAUCCGUAGAGAAAAGAAGUUAAAGGCCAGAGUUCAAGAGUUGGUGAGUGCCUUGGAAAGACUCACCAAGAGUAGUGAAAUCCGACACCAGCAGUCGGCAGAGUUCGUCAAUGACCUAAAGCGAGCCAACAGCAACCUGGUGGCUGCCUAUGAAAAGGCCAAGAAGAAGCAUCAAAACAAACUGAAGAAGUUGGAGUCUCAGAUGAUGGCCAUGGUGGAGAGACACGAGACCCAAGUGAGGAUGCUCAAGCAAAGAAUAGCUCUGCUGGAGGAGGAGAACUCAAGGCCACACACCAAUGAAACUUCACUUUAAUCGGCACUUGGGCACCAAAGCUCUGCCUGUGGAAGCUGAACCUGAGCAGGUCACCGGGGAGAGAAGGGCCCCGGGAGACAGAGCACCUGGUGGGAGAGACAAAAGGGAAGGCCAGCAGGUAGGUCAGCACCUGCGCAAUGGAGUACCGUGGACUCCACGCCGCGGACGAGUGGCCUGCUGACCCCGAGUGGACUGGAGCCAGAGGGUCCCGUUCCUCCCCGUCUGGGCCUGGAGACGGCGUGUAAAGAGCAGGCCUUGCUUCUGCUUCUAGCGCGGGCAGCCCCUCCCCAGCCUGUUCUUUCCAGAGGCUGUGCGUCAGUGGUACCCUCGGCAUUUGUUUUAGAAGACCGUCCGUUCUGUUCUUUUUUUGGUGGUGACCGGAUCUCUGACAUCCCCAGUUUCUUGUCUGUCUUUCUCCUUCAGGGACAAACCCUUGACACAUGUGGGAAUGCGGAGGGGGUGUCUUCAGCUUCUAGAACUGCUGAUUUGCUUACUGCAACCAGGCUUUGGUUUUCGAGACCCACGUACCAGCUCUGAGACGCAGGCUGUCAGUCAGAGGUGCUCUGAGAGGCGGAUGACAGGUGAUGGUGCGUAGGGGCCACAGUCCCUGAUACACUCGAAGUUACAGGUAGAGCAACCCCAGGGCUUCGCCCUGAACAGUUCUUUUUGGGAGCAUGAGCACUUCACCUCUCACUGUGGAGGUAGCGCUGGGAAGGGCACUUUCUUUUGACUGGGGUGAUUUUCCCUUCCAGUGGAGCCUUAUUAAAGCCAAGACUUAGAGCUGAGAUGGUUCUGUUGAUACAUAGAGUGGAACUAAAGUUUUAUCAGGAGUUUCUUCAAGAGCAGGGGACUUUUGCCCACCUGAGGGCUCCACAUAACUGCUGUUGUGCAUGAACCAAAAUUCACCCGUAGGAGUACAUACAUAGCUCUGGACCUGCCUCUAUUUCUCUAAGGGCAAGAGGCAGGACACUGAGUAGAAUGUUUUGCAGGCUGAGCCCACCUAUUUAAGAGACGGCUACGGAACCAUCAGUUCAAGACUUCGCUCCUGCUCUUAUGAAAGGCAGGGGGUAAAGGAAUGGUCGCUGAGACCUCCUUUUAUCCCGCCCCCCAAAGUGGAGGUUAGUAUACGGUACUUAAACAGGUUAAAUUUCAAGCAAAAUGCUGACAGGGCUGGGCCAGGACCAAAGUACCUGAAUUCUUUCAGGAAGGCCUCCAUCUUAAAUUCAUUAUUCCAUCUCUGUCUUUCACUUCUAUAGUUACCCUACACUGAUAACAUUGUAAAGGACCACUUGCCUUUCAUUCUGUAGUACUUUAAGAUCCACCCGAAGUCCCCUGGGAAUUAUAUCCCAAGAGUUCACAGUUUUGCUCAUAACCAGGUCACCACAUUAGAGUUCCAAUGUCCAUGAGCUGAAGAUCUGUUUUCAGACAACCUGAUACAAAUUCCUCAGCUGCCUUUGCACUGGAGAAGGCUACUCCAGCCACCACCUUGGAGGGCAGAGCAGUUCGAGCAGUUCUAUCCCAAAAGCAACCACCCUUCUUUCUUAGGCCAGCAGUAAGGCUGCCCAUCUUCCCAAAAAAGUCACCAAAAACCAAAAAAACCACUGCCAGUCUGGAAGGACCAGCUUUUGGCUGGUUUGAUCACUGUGAAAGUGCCCACCGGCUCCUGUUUGUUAUGGAUCUUCCAUUUAGUCAAAGUUGGUUCUUGUGAUUUUUUUUUUUAAUCAAUUUUUACUCUUUGGAUAAAGUUUCAUUUUGUCAUAAGGAAAAUGUGACUGAAAAAGUUAUAUGCAAAAAAAAAAAGUUUAAAAGACAAAAUACUGGUUUUCCCCAUUUUUCAGUUUGCCGAGGGGAAAUAUUUGUGACUGAACAGACAUCAAAACAGCUUUCUUCUUCACCAACACUGAAAAGUAUAGCUGACACAGGAAUAUAAUCCUGUCUGCUGACUUCUGUCUACCAUUCUUGGUCCAGCUUAUAAGAAAACUCACCCUUUUAGCGUCAUGUAACUCUUCCAGACCUAAGAGGUCUCAGCUCCUCCAUUAUAAGCCCCGGUAUUACUGACCCUACCUGGCCUCCUUUUGAAUUUAUGCUUCAAGAUAAUACUUUUAAAUAUGUGGUGAUUGGGUGAAAACUAUUUCCCCAGAAAAACUGUUACUUUCAUAAAUGUGUGGAAUAAAAACAAGCAAUUAAAUAGUUGAUUUCCUUUCCUUGUAUUUUUCAAAUACUCCCUAAAACAAGAUCCUUGCUGAAGGUGAACCAACAGGCAUUUGUUUAUGCUAAUUGUGGGGCCCACUAAAACCACAUUGAUUAAAUAAUUGCAGGUACCUGAAGACUUUUUUUAUAACCUGAGUUUUUCUUUCUAAAUAGUAGCUGGUUUAUAUUAACCUCUCCAUCAAAGGUAAACAAUGAUACUGAUUAAACUUGUAUGAGGUUAAAA